AUGUCGUCUCUAAACUUGAAUAUAUUUCCGUCAUUGGCACCAACGAAGACUUCUAGUAAUAAUCUGGAGGAUACACUCGCAAGGCAUUCUGAUGUUAUUGUAUCUACAAAUAUAACUCCGUAUGCUGAAUACAAAGGAUUUUUCAUUUAUGUCAUAAGUGCAACUUUCCUAACAAUAUGGGUUGGUUGGACCCUUAUACCAGAUCUGGUAUUGAGGAGUAUGUCCAUAUACUAUUAUCCUGAUAAAUAUUGGGCGUUGGCCAUUCCAUCGUAUACGUUAAUGUUGAUGGUCUAUGUGUAUAUUGCUUUGGCAUUAUACAAUACGGAAGUUUUAACUUUACCCUUAGAUGAUAUACGAAAUUUUGUCGACGAGCAUUCAGUUUUAGCUGGUUCUUCUGAGAUUGAUGAGAUAGCCAGAGUUAAUAAAUCCAUAGAGUAUGUUUGGAAGUCUCCAAGCGGAGUGUGGGAUUUACCUGUUACAUUGGUAAACGAAGUGUUAUACUGUGAAGAAGAUGAAUAA